GCCUCGCCUGCCUGCCUGCCUGCCUGGCGGGGGCAGCGCGAGUCAGUGCGGGGAGUCUCGAGCAAGAAGAGAGUUCCCGGCAAAAGACGGCGCGGCGCGCCGGACUAGGACGGAGGCGGCGGGGCUGGAGCGGCGCAACAGGGAGCGCGGAGUAGCGGGACUUUCCUGGCAGCAGCGCGAAGUGCUGAGCGGCAGGAGAAAACGGAGCCCUUCUCGGAGCCCCCUUUCCCCCCCUAGCAAAGGCUGCCGCUGUCAAGAAGGGGCCACGGAACGGGACAGAGGCACCCCGCGCUAGCCUCCCACAUCGCCUGGGAGGGCCAGUGGGGACCAUUUCUGGAGCAACAAGAAAUAUGGGGAAAGUUGAAACUUGCCUCCUGACUUUGGCUGGACUUUUGCUGGCAGCGAGAGCGGAGACAUUCACAGGUGGCUGUUCAUUUGAUGAACCAUUUGCAUCAUGUGGAUAUAGUCAGUCUGAUGAUGAUGACCUUAACUGGGAUCAAGUGAACACUUUGGUAAAGCCCUCAUCAGAUCCAUGGAUGCCCACAGGAUCUUUUAUGUUGGUGAACACCUCAGCAAGAUAUGGACAAAAAGCUCAUCUUCUGCUCCCGCAUCUUAAAGAAAAUGACACUCAUUGCAUCAAUUUCAAUUUUUAUGUUUCCAGCAAGAGUGGCUCCAAUCCUGGUAUAUUAAAUGUUUAUGUGAAAGUCAAUAAUGGUGAGCUCGGUAGCCCAGUUUGGAACAUGUCUGGAGCUCCUACAGGAACCUGGAACAAGGUAGAACUGGCAAUCAGUACUUUUUGGCCGAACUUCUACCAGGUUGUUUUUGAAGUGAUCACGUCAGGUCACCAAGGAUACAUGGCUAUUGAUGAUGUGAAGGUUUUAGGACAUCCAUGUACCAGUACACCCCAUUUUUUGCGUGUCCAGAGCGUAGAAGUGAACGCCGGCCAGUUUGCUACUUUCCACUGCACUGCCAGUGGCAGAACUGUUCAAGGCAAUAGGCUUUGGCUGCAGGGAUUGCUUGUACGGGAUGCACCUGUAAAGGACAUGAAAAUUUUUAAUGAUCGGCGAUUUGUGGCUUCAUUUAGUGUGGUGAAUGCUACCAAAAGAGAUGCUGGGAAUUACCGCUGCAUGAUUCAUACAGAAGGAGGAGUUGGAGUAUCAAAUUAUGCAGAACUGAUUGUUAAAGAGCCACCUGUUCCAAUCGCACCGCCUCAGCUGUCUUCAGUUGGUGCAACCUAUUUAUGGAUACAGUUGAAUGCUAAUUCCAUCAAUGGAGAUGGGCCCAUCACUGGGAGAGAAGUGGAAUAUCGUACUUCAAGUGGAAACUGGUACGAUAUACAACCGGUAGACUCCACAAGCUAUAAAAUUGGGCACCUAGAUCCUGACACGGAAUAUGAAAUCAGCGUUUUGUUGACUAGACCAGGUGAAGGUGGUACUGGAUCUCCUGGACCUGCUCUUAGAACAAGAACAAAAUGUGCCGAUCCUGUGCGUGGCCCAAGAAAACUAGAUGUUGUGGAUGUCAAGUCCUGGCAAAUCACCAUUACUUGGGAGCCAUUUGGCUACAAUGUAACUCGUUGCCAUAAGUACAACCUCACGGUCCAUUACCGCUACCAAGCUGGUGGUCAAGAACAAGUCAGAGAGGAAGUUAGCUGGGAUACAGACAGUUCACACCCUCAGCACACCAUUACUAAUCUAUCCCCAUAUACUAAUGUCAGCAUUAAACUAAUUCUUAUGAAUUCUGAAGGACGGAAAGAAAGUCAAGAGAUUGUCGUGCAAACAGAUGAAGAUGUUCCAAGUGCUGUUCCACUUGAAUCUAUUCAAGGAAAUACUUACGAGGAGAAGAUUUACCUUCAGUGGAGGGAGCCAGUGCAAACGUAUGGUGUGAUCACACUAUACGAAAUCACCUACAAGGCUGUCAGCUCCUUUGACCCAGAAAUAGAUUUAUCCAAUCAAAGUGGGCGUGCUCUAAAGCAUGGGAAUGAAACUUUCUGCUUAUUUUUUGGACUGUAUCCUGGGACUACUUACUCCUUCACAGUAAGAGCCAGUACUGCCAAAGGGUUUGGACCUCCUGUUCUAAGUCAAUUCACCACAAAGAUAUCAGCACCUUCUAUGCCACCCUAUGAACUGGAAACACCUUUAAAUCAAACUGACAGUACUGUGACAGUUCUGUUGAAACCUGCACAAAGCAGAGGCGCUCCAGUCAGUGUCUACCAAAUAGUCAUUGAGGAGGAGCGGCCCCGCAGAACCAAGAAAACAACUGAAAUCCUGAAAUGCUAUCCAGUGCCAAUUCACUUCCAGAACGCUUCACUUUUGAACUCUCAGUAUUAUUUUGCAGCUGAGUUUCCAGCCAACAAUAUUCAAGUUGCUCAGCCUUUCACUAUCGGUGACAACAAAACCUACAGUGGCUUUUGGAACACCCCACUUCUCCCUCAUAAAAGCUAUAGUAUUUAUUUUCAAGCUGCCAGCAGAGCCAAUGGGGAAACAAAAAUUGACUGCGUCAGAGUGGCCACAAAAGCUGCGAUAAUCGUGACUCAGCUUACAACACCAUACAUUCGCAUCGCCCCUGCUGCAGGCGACGACCAACUAACAGGUGCUGCUACUAGAAAGCCAGACCCAGAACCAGAGAAGCAAACAGACCACACUGUUAAAAUAGCUGGAGUCAUUGCAGGGAUCUUGCUGUUCGUUAUUAUAUUUCUUGGGGUUGUAUUGGUUAUGAAGAAAAGAAGAAGCUAUCACUCCUACACUUAUUACCUGAAAUUGGCUAAAAAGCGGAAAGAGACAUUGAGCAGCACACGGCAGGAAAUGACAGUGAUGGUGAACUCAAUGGAUAAAAGCUACACUGAACAAGGCACCAACUGUGAUGAAGCUUUCUCUUUCAUGGACACGCACAAUCUAAAUGGGAGAUCUGUAUCAUCACCAUCUUCAUUCACAAUGAAAACUAACACACUGAGUACAACUGUUCCUAAUUCUUACUAUCCAGAUCCAUUUGUGCCAACCGCAAUUUUAGUGCCAAUAAAUGAUGAAACUCACACAAUGGGCAGUGAUACAAGCAGCCUGGUUCAGUCACACACCUACAAGAAGCGGGACGCUGUGGAUGUGCCUUACCAGACUGGGCAGCUUCAUCCAGCCAUCCGUGUUGCUGAUCUGCUACAGCAUAUUACACAGAUGAAAUGUGCAGAAGGCUAUGGAUUCAAGGAGGAGUAUGAGAGUUUCUUUGAAGGACAGUCUGCACCAUGGGAUUCAGCUAAAAAAGAUGAGAACCGCAUGAAGAAUAGAUAUGGGAAUAUCAUUGCAUAUGAUCAUUCUCGAGUUAGACUGCAGCCCAUUGAAGGAGACUUAAAUUCUGACUACAUCAAUGGAAAUUAUAUUGAUGGAUAUCACAGGCCAAACCACUAUAUUGCUACACAAGGUCCAAUGCAAGAGACAAUAUAUGACUUCUGGAGAAUGGUUUGGCACGAAAAUACAGCAAGCAUAGUCAUGGUGACGAAUCUUGUGGAAGUGGGAAGGGUCAAGUGCUGUAAAUACUGGCCAGAUGACACAGAGAUAUAUAAAGACAUUAAAGUUACUCUAAUAGAAACGGAGCUCCUGGCAGAAUAUGUGAUUCGAACAUUUGCAGUAGAAAAGAGAGGUGCCCAUGAAAUCCGAGAAAUCAGACAAUUCCACUUCACAGGCUGGCCAGAUCACGGCGUACCUUACCACGCAACAGGACUUCUAGGAUUUGUCCGGCAGGUCAAAUCCAAAAGCCCGCCUAACGCAGGCCCGCUGGUUGUGCACUGCAGUGCUGGUGCUGGCAGAACUGGGUGCUUCAUUGUCAUUGACAUUAUGCUAGACAUGGCAGAAAGGGAAGGAGUUGUAGAUAUAUACAACUGUGUCAGAGAACUUCGGUCUCGAAGAGUGAACAUGGUGCAAACAGAGGAGCAGUAUGUAUUCAUACAUGAUGCAAUACUGGAAGCCUGUCUAUGUGGAGAUACCUCUAUUCCAGCUUCUCAAGUUAGGUCUGUCUACUAUGAAAUGAACAAGCUGGAUCCUCAGACCAAUUCAAGCCAGAUCAAAGAAGAAUUUAGGACGUUGAACAUGGUGACGCCAACUCUGCGCGUAGAAGAUUGCAGUAUAGCCCUUUUACCGAGGAAUCACGAGAAGAACCGGUGCAUGGAUGUGCUUCCUCCAGACAGAUGCCUGCCCUUCCUCAUCACAAUCGAUGGGGAAAGCAGUAACUACAUUAAUGCUGCACUGAUGGAUAGUUAUAAACAGCCAUCAGCUUUUAUAGUGACCCAGCAUCCUUUACCCAACACUGUCAAAGAUUUCUGGAGACUGGUUCUAGACUACCACUGCACAUCCAUAGUCAUGCUGAAUGAUGUAGAUCCAGCACAAUUGUGUCCACAAUAUUGGCCUGAAAAUGGAGUUCACCGACAUGGUCCUAUUCAGGUGGAGUUUGUUUCUGCUGAUUUAGAAGAAGAUAUUAUCAGCCGGAUAUUCCGAAUUUAUAAUGCGGCAAGAGUUGGGUCCCCACAGCCCCAGGAUGGCUAUCGGAUGGUGCAACAAUUUCAGUUCCUGGGAUGGCCAAUGUACAGAGACACUCCCGUGUCCAAACGCUCAUUUCUGAAACUCAUACGUCAAGUAGACAAGUGGCAGGAAGAAUAUAAUGGAGGAGAAGGCCGUACAGUCGUUCACUGUUUAAAUGGAGGUGGCCGCAGUGGAACAUUUUGUGCAAUCAGUAUUGUCUGUGAGAUGCUACGACAUCAGAGGGCCGUAGAUGUUUUCCAUGCUGUGAAGACCUUGAGGAAUAAUAAGCCUAAUAUGGUGGACCUUCUGGAUCAAUAUAAAUUCUGCUAUGAAGUGGCUUUGGAAUACUUGAAUUCUGGCUGAUGGCACAAAUCAGAAUGGAGGAAAACAAAAGCUUUCACCGCCACAAUCAAAGCAAGUUGCUUCAUGAUAUCUGUGUGUAUGAGAUGAGGACCUCUCAGUGUUAAUGCUUUUAUUGCUUUGUAUUGGCUCUUUUUAAGAGCCCUGGAGAGUCUUUCCAAAAAUGCUUGCACUGCCCAUUUUCCACGGUAUGGCUGUUGCUUGAGACACCUACGAUCCCACCGUAAAACACCAAUGCACCUCAGUGGUUGGAUGCCACUAUCAUGUAAACCCAUCAACUUGAUAGACCAGCCUAGUCAUCGGGUAAAUUAAAGAGCACAAUUCUAUUCCAAUGAAGACAUUUGUACUUUUCUGUUGUACUUUUUGUUGCCAGUGAUCUUUUGUUGUUGUCGUCAGAGCCUAGUGUACAUUUUGUUCUGUGGAGAAUGCCAUCUAGCAUUUUGAUAAUGUAUUUUAGUUACAUUUGUAUCCUAUUAGCUCCUAAUAAAACAAAGCACUUGUAGCUUAAACCAAACUAAUAGCUACAUGAACAGACCACAUUAACUUUGCUGAGUUGUAUUUUCUGUCCAGCUUGUUUUGUUUCAGAAAAAAGGGACUUGACAAAAGUCCAUUAAGAAAAUGGAAAAAAAUACAGGAUGAUCAGAUUAAUAUAUCCAAAGCUUUUCCCCAUUUGUUUAUAUUGUAAAUAUUUUUUGAUUUCAUCAAAUUAUUUAUUCAUUAAAAAGAAAUCUUUUGUGAAGCACAGUGAGUGACAAUCAUUUCUAUUAAGCCCUGGAAAUGCUUACUGUAUUAUAUUGUAAACAUUUGUUUACCCUGUCUGGAUUCUCAGCUUAAUAAAUAAUUACAUAUCUGCUAAAAUCUCAUUUAAUAUAUAGCAUCUUGUGACAUGGGAUUGCCUUCAGCUAAAGCUAAACUUUGUGCAAGGCUUUCCAGAUGAUUACUUUAGCAGAGUUGAAUUGGAGAUUCCUAUGCCUGGGGGAUCAUAGCUCAGCAGUACAGCAAAUGUUUGCAUAUAUGAAUCCCCCAAACCAAUCCCUGUCAUUUCCAGUCAAAGCAUUUCUGACAGCAGGCCUGUCUGAAACAGCAGAAACCUGCAUUUGAGCGCGACCGCUAGGCUUGACAGCAUGGGCUAGACGGCCAACUGGUGGACUCAGUGCGCAGUCGUUCCCUGCAGACACAGCAGCUCUACCGUCCUUAGGGCUCCUGCAACUCCCGCAAGCAGAGCUUUCCCACAUGCUGCAGACGGCUUCAUUUCCUCGGCCUUAAGUCGCUCUAAACGCGGAUGUCUUAAUUGUAUGUCCAGUGCCCAUGCUGGCUGGAAAUUACGGGCACUGCAAUGCAAUGUCUCUGGACUGCCCCAAAGCAUCAUCUCUGAGUGAAGGGACUGCAGGUGCUUUCUGUUAUUCUUCGCAGUGGCGGGCAUCUUGCAGCAAAGCCUGGAAGAGUAAGAUGCUGCAAAAAAUUUAAAAUAUCCACUGAUACGCUUUAGGGAGCAGAUGCAAUUUAUCUACCUGGUCCUCGCUGGAACUGUGUGCACAAAUAGGUGCCACACACGAGCGUUUGUGCUCUAGUUCAGCUUGCGAGACCGCAAGCCCAUGUUCUAGUCGCCAGAGGGGUGAGUAAUACCGUCACCUUUCUCCUGCUACGAUAUGAUCUCUCCUACCUCUCAGGCAACUCAGGUCCACGCUAAGCAUCCUGGUGAUCAUGCAUAAUGUAGCGAUGUGUAAUAGGUGUCCUAAUCAAGUGCAAGCAUGUGUAGCCUCAUUGUGGACUGGAACCAUGCCAACACAGGAGGAUGCAUUAAACCUUUACCCACACCUCUUUGCCCCUCAAAAACACCACCUUUUUCCUGUGGGUGGCAAAAAGGAGAGUUUAAAAGAAACUAAAAGCCUCCAUCGAUUACACUGGAGACUCUUUUUUUCUUAUUUUUAUACCUUGCAGGGUGGAAUGGGGCGGAAAAUUGGUGUGGGGAAGGACUGAACAUGCACCUUGUCCUGGAUCAGCACACCCCCAGUCCAAAGGGAGCCAAGCUUGCUUACACCAGCAUGAUGACUGAUGGGGACCAACCUAGGUAUUUGACCCUCACUGACACUGGCUUCCAAGGAUAUACAUCUGCACAGUUGGAUCCAGUCCAUUUGAUUUAAUUUAAUCUAUGAUCUGUUUUAUCCAACAUUCAAACUGGAAUAUAAUUUAAAUAAACUUGUAAUGCAAAUCCA